GCCGGGUUUGGGCUUCUGCCCGGGCAGAGAUCGUGUGGGCAGCGAUGUGGCUUCUGGCUUCACUCCUGUGCCUUGCAUCCCUCCAGGCACAUAUCGACUGUAUGAAUGUAGUUGGUAUCGUGGGAGAAAAUUUUACUUUUCCAGUAAAAAUAGACCAAAAAAUAAUGGAACCUGUCUGGAAGAAAAACAAGGAUAUAGUGGCUGAAUGGGAAGAGCAAAACAAACCGACAUAUUUUGAUCCUCUCCGUAACAGGAGUGUACUUAUGGAGAAUGGAUCCUUGACUAUAUUUAACUUGGAGAAGGAUGAUGCUGGCACAUAUGUAUUACAGUACAUGGAUUCUUUGAAUGAUCACUACUUAGACUUUGAGCUUGAUGUGUUUGAUUCCCUUCCAGAACCUAAUAUAAAUUGCAGCACCAGUAAUGAUGAGCUUGUAUUAAACUGUACAGCACGUUUCCAGGGGUCUCUGAGUUAUGCUUGGAAGCUCAGUAACAAGCCACACAGUUACCUGAACCAGGAGCUUUCCAUCCCUUUGAAGCAUGUUGGUACUACCACCAAAGCUACAUGUAUCAUUAAAUUUUCACAAACCGAAAGGAGUUCUGAAGUCUCUUUGAUUCAAUGCCUUCCAGAAGAAAAAGGAGACAGAAACAGAGGUGCUCUUAUUGGAGCUGUUAUUACUGCAAUUACCAUAGCAGGAAUCCUAGUAUUCCUGUGCAGGAAAGACAGAAAUAAACAUGGAACAAGAAGGAUGACAGCUCACCUUAACAAUCCAGUGAAUGGCUUAGGAGACAAUGAGCAACUUUUUUCUGGGAGCAGCCAACAACAGCCUAACUCAGAGGGAGCUACUGCACUGAAUGAGGAUGCCAGUGCCCUGAAAGACAAGCAGAUAGUUAAGAAUUCUAAAUCAGGAUAAAAUCAGGAAGCCUAGCUCUGCAGGGGCACAUUAAAGCCUGCUCCUUCCAGCCCAGCAUCCUCAGAAAUUGUGUCAGCUGCACCAUGAAAUUACUGUCUGCAGGACUUGCCCUACUCUCCAGUACACACUGUACUCCAGAAGGAACGGAAAUGUAUUGGAACUUUAUGCUUGGGUCUGAUCACCUGGGCAACCUCUGCAGUUCCAGAGCCUACAUGAUGACACUUGGUUAGUGAUGACUGAACCUUUGUCAGUGAUGACACUGAGGAGCUUCUGGAGCUACCCAGCCUUCUGCCUGCCAGCGUACCUGCCUUGGCACACCUGGUGCUUGGUUUUUCCUCAAAGAGACCCAUCCCUUCCACCUUGCACUUCCUUUCUGAGUUGAACUGCAGAGCUGGAACAUAAAGCCCCUUUUCCUGAGUAUCUGGUUUUAAGGGAGGACCUUGGACUAUGAAGCAGUGCCAGGGUUAUCACCAGCAGCUUAAGUGUGUUCUUUUUUCAGAUCACACGUGACCUUGCUUCACCUUCAGACCCUGCGCUAAGCUUUCUGCUAAGUUAAAUAGCACUGCAGUGUCUGGAAUUAUGUCUCCAUUUAAAAGCUUAAAGACAAUGGCCAAGAGCACUAAGUUGAAGUCCAAGGAAAGAUGGACCAAGUACAGUGGUGAUGCCAAGGCACCUGAGAUGAUUCCUGUCUUGUAAAGUGUGACAAAUCAGUGUGACAAGUCUGCCAUGCCCUGCUGGGUGCGGUUAUCAUGGGGCAGUGCCUCCCACGCCAUGCACUCAGCUGCCUGUAGGCUGCACUGCUACCACACUCAUCCACACAGCCUUCGAGUGCCACAGCUAUCUUAUCUAGAGGUGAUAACAUCACAAGCAUUAAGGAAGCUUCCCUGUCUGACCCUCAAGGAGCCACUCUGGCAGUCACUCUUGCACCAUCAAAACCCCUUCACCCCUACACUCACAGUCACACCUGGUUUUCUCACUAGCUCAACACAAGGUUUCCUGUGGCAGAGUCUGAGAUGUCUUGAAGAAGCUAUCAUCUACAAGAGUUCAACCUGCAGCUGGCACUGUAGGUGCACUAUGAGCUACUGGCACUAAACAUACUCCUUGACACCCAGGUUGUGCCCAGUGCUCCUCAUGCUCCAGAGACCAUGUGCAUCCUCCAUGGGCAGCAUGUCCCUGUGCUCUCGGGAAACAUGCUAAAUGGCUACUUCCUACUCUUGGGCUCUGGUGUUUCAGGACAUGUAAUGUCUAUGUGUUUGUGCUCUGCUUUCCUCAAGAGACAGUCAUGCAUAUGACUUUGUUGUUGACUUAAUUAAGUGAUGGCUUGUCAUUUAAUAUUAUUCUUCUUUGGUAUCUGUAAUUUACAGAAACUUAAUUUCUUUCUCUUUUUAACUGGAAAGUAAUUAACUUUUAUUCAUCUUUAUUUUCUUGAGUAAAUGGU